GAAAUCCAAAUAACAAACCCUAAUCUCCAAAUUCAAUCUUUCCCUCUUUUCAAAUUCAAACCCCCCAAAUCUGUCUUGUCUGUCUGUCUGUCUGUGCCUCUCUCUCUCUACAAUGGCCGGACGAGGAAAGUCACUGGGCUCCGCUGCACCCAAGAAGUCCACCUCCCGGAGCAGCAAGGCCGGCCUCCAAUUCCCCGUCGGAAGAAUCGCCCGUUUCCUCAAAGCCGGCAAGUACGCCGAGCGUGUCGGCGCCGGAGCUCCGGUCUACCUCGCCGCCGUCCUCGAAUACCUCGCUGCUGAGGUUUUGGAGUUGGCAGGGAAUGCGGCGAGAGACAACAAGAAGACGCGAGUGGUGCCUCGUCACAUACAGUUAGCGGUGCGAAACGAUGAGGAGUUGAGCAGGUUGCUUGGUGCGGUGACGAUCGCGAAUGGCGGAGUGAUGCCUAACAUUCACAGUCACUUGUUACCAAAGAAGGCAGGGACUGCCUCUUCCAAGAUCGACGAAGACAGUUAGAUGAUGUUGAUGAAGGAUUUUUCUUGAUACUUCAUCUGUUCCAUACGAAAUUCACUUGCUGCAAUGAAUUUUAGUAGAUUUAGGGUUCAUUUGGUUGGUAGGAUUUACGAUGUGAAUUGUUUUGCUCAGUCGGUAGUUAUUGUAUCAACUUCAUUCCAGAAAUGAAAAUUCUCUUCUGUCAAAUUGUGAAAAA